CCGAGAAGAUGAAGUUCCUUGCAGCUGCCGGACUGCUGGUGCUGCUUGUGCAGUAUGUGAAUGCAGAAAGCCCAUCUACAGCAAUGCCAGAGGAAGUGUAUCCAACGUCAGCGCGGUAUCUACCUCCUGUAUUUCCAGAGCCAAGUGGUCCUGCAGAGCCAUUUGCCAACGUGACCGGCAUCGUCGAUGACCGCGGAAUGUGCCAGUGCUCGGUUUACCUGCCCGAUACGACAUUUCCUGUACAAAAAGUGGAAUACCUUGAAAUUCUGGCUAAGCAGCUCUCUGCAAAAUUUGACAGUGAACUUUCAAAAGUGAGGGAGUACACCAAAUUAAUUGCGCUCUAUGAAGCCAAGGUUCUAAAUUUAACCAUCAAGAUCGAACAUAUGGAGAAGACCAGCGUCUCUUACACGGCGUUGGAUUUCGAAUUGAUCAGACUGGAAAUCGCGGAGAUGGAGAGGCUAAUUGUUCAGCUGAAGGCAUCGCUUACUGGAAGCAACGUGUUGGUGGAGCAGUUGUAUGUCGAGAUUAGGAAUUUGAGCGUCAUGGUGAAUGACCUGGAACUGUUGGAUAAGAAUAACAUCCUUGCAGUUCGCCGGGAAGUCGCCGCUCUGCGGGCUAAGUUGCAAGAAUGCGAACAGGAUCGAAACAAGACCGUCCAACAUCCCUACUUCCCACCUGGAAACUGUGGCCAUGGCCCAAUUACGAACAUCAGCCAACCGUACAUCAUCCAGCUGAAUUGGAGAGGGUUUUCGUACAAAUAUGGAGCCUGGGGAAGAUAUUCCUCCCCACUUAACCCCGGAAAAGAGAUGUACUGGGUCGCGCCUCUAAACACCGAAGGAAGAUACCUGGAAUAUUAUCGACUCCACAAUUCCUACGACGAUUUGUUGCUCUUCAAAUACUCCAGUCAAUAUCAAAUUCAGUACGGCGAAGGCAGCGGAACAGUCGUGCAUAAUAAUUUUAUGUACUAUAAUGUAUAUGCCUCGAGAGAUAUGGGUAAGAUAGAUUUGGCCACCAAUAAGCUGGUGUUGAGGAAGGCUCUUCCAGGUGCCGUUUAUAACAAUCGGUUCUCCUACGCAGGGGUAGCUUGGCAAGACAUAGAUUUUGCCGUGGAUGAGAAUGGGUUGUGGGUGAUUUAUUCCACGGAAGCCAGUCAAGGUAACAUUGUCGUUAGCAAGAUUAACGAAACGACUCUGGAUGUCCUCAACACCUGGCAAACGAAGCAAUACAGGCCCGCGGUCUCUAAUGCUUUUAUUAUAUGUGGGGUGCUCUAUGCUACCAGGCCUCUCAACACUAGGAAAGAAGAGAUAUUCUACUCCUUUGAUAUCAGCUCCGGGAAAGAAGAGAGACUAAGCGUCAUUGUAGAUAAAGUGCUGGAAACCAUUCAGAGCAUCAACUACAGCCCUCUCGAUCGGAGGCUGUACAUCUACAAUGAUGGUUACCUGGUUCGCUACGAGUUAAACUUCGCGCCCCCUCCGCUAGCGUAAUUUUCACUCGCCUCACUCGCCAAAUACUCAAAAAUAUUGACAAAUCCAAGGACCGAGGGGAACAAAAAUUGGAUCCAUUUGCAAAUCAUCAUCAAGCCAAAACCAAGGGAGGGGAUGUGGUGGCCCUAGGGGUGGAGUUCUCGCCUCACAAUCAGGGGGCGGUGAGUUUGAUCCUAGGUAGAGGCAGAUAUUUCUCUCUCUCUGGGCACACUGAGAAUUUAUCUGCUGAACAAAACUCCGCACUGGCGACAGGAAGGGCAUCUGGCCAUUAAAACACUUUGCUAGUUCCAUUCAGUUGCCCAGACUCAACCCCGCAAGGGAUUAUGGGGUCGUUAAAUGAUGCUGAUGAUGAUUAAGCAUAGCAAGGAAAAUUUGGUGAUCACUUCAUUAAAAAUAUUUUGUGUUAAAAAAAAUCCAAAAACAGGGCUUGGGUAGAGUAGAGGUGAUAUAAUCCAGGGGUCUCGAACCUUAGUAACUUUAAGGCUUGUGGACUUCAACUCCCAGAGUUCCUCAGCCAGCAAAGCUCUGGGAGUUGAAGUCCACAAACCUUAAAGUUACUAAGGUUCGAGACCCCUGAUAUAAUCAUCAUAUCAGGAGGCAGUUGAAAAAAAUUGUGUUCCCCCCUCCCACAAUUGUGUGUUUUUAACGAUGAUUAUACGCUUCUGUUUUCUGAAAGAUAAACAAUCCAAAUUUAUCUAUUUUUGGGCCAAAUUUGUCACAGGUUUUUGAUGAGAACUGUUUUUGUGAAAAACAGGGUUAGGGGUUUCUUUUAUAUCCAACCCGACAGACCUAACCGGUUUCAGAUCCUAAUUUUGUUGAUCUUCGUUCUUCGAUUAUGUUUUUUAAUGCCACAAAGUGUUAUGCAAACACAUAAUAGUUUGAUUACUUUAUGGUCCAGUGUGUGGUGUGAACCUAAUGAAAAAAAGAUUAAACAAGCUUCAGCAUGUUGGGUUAACAUUUUAACCCCAAUAUUGCAUAUUUUGGGUAGAUAGGACCAUCCAUUUUAGUAGUCUUUGCAUCACGUAAAAGAACUGACCAGUUUCAUUUAAAAAAAAAAAAGCAGUACAGGUAGUUCUCCACUUACAACCCUAAUUUUAGUGCAGAAUUUCUGUUGUUAAGUGAGACAUUUGUUCAGUGCGUUUUACCCCAUUUUGAGACGUUUCCUGCCACAGUUAUUAAGGGAAUCACGGCAGUUGAUAAGUCAGUCACACGGUUGUUAAGUGUCUCCCCCUUGACUUUGCUUGUCAAAAGGUCGCAAAAGGGGAUGCCAUUGCAACCGUCAUAACUAUGAAACCAGUUGCCAAGCAUCUGGAUUUUGCUCAUAAGACCAUGCUUAUGGUCUUCAAUGGACGUAAGUGUGAAGGAACGGUCAUAUGUCCCUUUUUUUCAGUGCCGUCGUAACUCUGCUCGCUAAAUGAACUGUACUUAAAUUAGGAUAAUUGCCUUGAGUGGCGUCUGUAAGCUGGGGAUCAAAAAAAUUAAGAUGGCAGCAUGAAGAGGCGUGGCUUCGAUCAUGCUGCCAUGGCAACCAUUUUGAACCCGAUGCAUGUUGUAUUAGCAUCUAUCUGUCUAGAUCCACCAAUUUUCGGCAAUUGUGUAUAUUUACUAAUGCAAGAAAUGUAAUGUUUUUUUUUGGAGGGGGGGACUUCAAUAAAAAUAAAAACAAUGCUUUA